AUGGACUUGCAGCCGCCGUCUGUGCUGGCGCAGUUGCCGCGCCCUCUGCAUGCCUCGACCGGAAAAACGCAUAUCAGCGAAGUCUAUAGCCUCGCCAAUGCAAAGAAGCGCAAGAGAUAUGAAGUUGCUGUCGCGGUUGACGGUGAAGCAGUGAAUCUUUACAAUAUCCAAAAUCCGAAAUUGGUAACCUCCUACGCCGUCCCUCCGCAAUCGUUGUUUUCUUGCCCGCCAUGUUCGUUGCGCAGGAAGCUCUCCAAGAACUCGGGUGUGAAGAGACAAACUUUCGUUGCGCUGAAGAAAGAGAUCAAGGCCUUUACUGAAGAAAGUGCUGCAAGUGGGACCGGCGCUCCGGUCAUUUCCUCGUCGACUUUCGCCAUCGAAGAUUCGACAAGCCCGGCCGUCUUCGUGGGCAUUGUGCCAGGUUCGGAGGACGAGGAGAAUGGUCCGUUCGACGUGCUGGUUAUCCAUCGUGAUGGUCGUGUGCGACGGUUAUCCCCUGAUCUAGAGGCCCAGCGAUGGAGCAUGCAGCACAGCGAAAUUUCCAAGGGCGACUUCGAAGUUCACGGCUCUUUUCUGUUGGAAUUCGACGACGCAAAGAAGUCAUUGUUCAAGCGACGUCCGGACCUAGCUUCUCUUGCUGCUGGGGACUCUGUUCUAACAGGAGGCAACGAGCCGUCCAUCUUGCUCCUUGUUUCCUACCCUGUCGGCACAGACGCUAUAAGUCUCAGUGAGGUCAAGGUUCAGAUUUUCUCGAUACCCGCUGAAGCUUCCAGCCGCAGCCUCGAUGAGAGUCAACAAAUGAGACAUCUCCUGUCGGCCAACCUUCCCGAUCUCGAUGGCGAAAAGGUUAACAGGGGGAAUCUGCACUGGCAAUUCCAUUCGGGCUCUGCCGGCUUGAACUUGUCCUUUGAAAAGGGGUUUGUCAACUUCGACCUCUCCCAGUAUACUCCCGCGGCGACCUCGAAAUUUAUUCUUGAAGGAGAGAACUUCUCAUCCGUGAUGCGUGUCUCCGCCCAGUCGGUGAUUGGAGCCGGCAAGUCCAUGAUUGCAUUGUACGACACGCAGUACAAGUCCAUUCAGCGCAGCAUCGUGGCCGAAGACCUUCCAUCCGCCGCUAGCAACAAGGCACGCACUACGUUCCUCAACUACUUCGCGAAACUCGACCUUGUGGUUGCGACAAAGGGCAACUCUCUGCUAGCAUUCGACCUCGCCUCGUCCCAAACUGUCUCCGGCUCAUCCGGAAAACGCUCGCGUGACGGCCUACUCAUUGAUGCAAUCGGCCGUGGUAUUGGAUCCGCUUCGCAAUGGGAGGAGGUAUCAAAGAAGCACCGCUCAAACGGUGCCGCGGCGCUGGGUCUUACUUCGUCCGAAGAGAUCGACAAGUGGAACAAGUUGUCGCGGGAGCUGCGCGAAUGCGCGAAGAACAAGGAUGCCAACGGGUUCGACCGGGCUGUCCUCGCCUAUUUCAGCGUCGGGGACACUCCAGCCCUUCCAGAACCCGGACAAUACGUCAACCUGGAGGUAGUCCUCUUCGUACUGUCGCUCAUCUUCUCCGCUGGAGUGGACACUACGAGUACCGACAAGCUCUCCGCAUUCUCCUCCGUCAACGUGAAUGUCGCAAUCUGGCCUACCCUGACAUGCGAAUGGCUUAACCGCCUGGGAUACCUCUAUCCCGGAAAUGUCGAGGCCGCCCUACGUCGCGCCUACAAACCCCGUAUCCUCCCUCAACUUCCCAUCGGCACCUUCGCGCAGGCCCUGCAAACCUCCGACCCCUCCCUCGGCCGCCUCAUCAACGUCCUCCAAGGUCCCGCCUCCUUCAACCCAGACGAACUCGCACACGCCCUGAAAAUCUUCCUCAACCUCGCGCGCACAAUCUCCAUCCCCGCAGAAGACCAAGAGUCCCAAUCCCCAAAAGCCCUCACAAACGGCGAAACAACAGACAACACCACCAACGCCCUAACAACCUCCGACUCCGCCGACUCCACCCCCUCAACCCUCCAAACAACAUUCACAGGCCUCAACACCACCCUCCUCUCCCUCCACGCCCACCCAACCCCCUCAAUAACCUCCUCCCUCCGCUCCACCCUCUCCCGCACAGACCUAAUCUCAACAAUCCACCACCUCCGCCUCUCCCUCGCAACAGGCGGCCACGCAACCCGCUUCACAGAGACCCCGCCAACCCCAAUCUCGCCACACCUCACCUCCCCCUCCCUCCCGCUCAACACAAUAAUCGACCUCAUGAACGCCGCCGUCGACGCAAUCGGCCCUUCGGGCUGGGUGUCCAUCGCCCCAGGCGACCUGAAUCUCGGCACCAGCGAAGCCGAGCUCUCGGGGCUGAGGGACAUGGCGCUCAUCGCAGAGAUGAAGAGCGAGGUUUCGGCGGCGCUUGCGGGUGUCGAAGAGGCUACGCUGCUUUCUGGUAUGCUGAGGGAGUAUCUCCGGUACUGCAAGAGCGUGACGGGUGACGAGCGGUCUCGCAAGCAUGCGAAGGCGAAGAAGGACGAUGCGUCCAGCGCCGCGCCCUCGUCUACAUCUGUUCGUCAUGAGAAACUCAACGGGGCGGAUCUGCUUGUGUUUGGGGCGCAAGAUGAGGAUGGCGAAGGUGGGGACGGCGAUGCGAGCGGGAAAUUGCUUCCGCUGUCGCUUAAGGCCGCGAAGGAUGUUAGUAAGACGAAGGUGCUCAAGGGUUCUGGGAGAGUUGUGCAGCGUAGUAAGCGUGAGAUGGGAUAUCUGCGGCGCAAGGCUGUUGGGAAGUAUACGUUCGAGCGGUUGGUUGUUUAG